CGUGUUUAUUUAUUUUCUAUAGAUUCGGCAAACCGGUAGGCAAAUAUAAUUGCUGAUGCUGUUUCUUCUUCAAAAGAUAAAUACGGUAAAUGAACACGAUCCCAAAACAAAAUGACACCUUUGUUGAAGAUAAGCAAGUCUAUAUUCAUCUUUAUUGCACUUACUUUUGCUUCUAAAUGGGCAUACCUACAUUACUUUUACAAGAAGGAAAAGAAAAAAGCGCCAAAAGAAAUACACGAAGUUUUGAUGUUUUCUCAUGGACUCGGAGAGCUACAAAGAAGUAAAUAUUCAAGAUGCGUCGUUACACAGAGCAUGGACCGACUGUUAUAUUUUGUAAACUCCCCAAGAGACACGUUGGACAUAUGCAUGUACGUUUUGACUAAUCUGGAUUUGGCCCAGACAGUGUUAAAGCAGCAUUUGAAAGGAGUAAAAGUUCGUGUAAUAGUUGACGCUGACAUGGCGUAUGCUUCUGGUUCUCACAUAAGAAAAUUGGAGAAACAAGGUAUUCCUGUCAGGUGGAUGAAAUCAACAAAUCUUAUGCACCAUAAGUUCUCAUUGAUAGAUGCGUCGAACGAAAACCAAGCUGCUGUGCCGGUGGUGAUAAUGGGAUCUCUCAACUGGACCAAUCAAGCUUUGAGUGGCAACUGGGAAGAUGUUACGGUCACUUCACAAAGGGAAAUUGUUGACAAGUACAGACUGGAGUUUGAACGACUUUGGGUUCUAUUUAAACCAAUAGUAGAUAAGUAUUAAUGUCCCAUGCACAAACACAUUGCUAGUAGGGUCUGUGCGGAAAGAGAAGAGUUGUAGAAUGUAUGGGCUCCCCUACAUUUCACGACCCUUCUCCUUCCGUACAGACUCUAUUGUGGAAUUGUUGUGCUGGCAGAAUAUAUUCAAUUAUUAAAAAAAAUAGAAAUGUUAGAAAAACAAAGAAUAGAACUAUGCCAGUUUUUAAACACUUGACCCUGUGCGGCACUCUGACUGUAGGUUAUGAUUCUAUUACUUAUUAAGUACUAAAAUAGUUAUAAGUAAAUAAUAAUGUGUUCAAUGGGCAUUAAAUGUGUAUUAAAGUGCUAUUUUCUAAAAGGUGAUCAAUGAAACUCAACAUAUAAGUAUAUUAUCUAUCAAAAUAAUUGUAAGUCAUGUUAUAAAAUAUGUAUUAUUGUGAUGACUAGUUUCUUGUGAUUGAAGGUCUGUUGUGAUUUAAGAAAAUCUAUUAUUUUUACUGUUGUACUUUUGUAAGUUGCACAGUGGCGUUCAAAAGUGCAUGGAUAGAUGUCAACCAUAGUGCCUUAAUAUGACGGUUCUUAUUCUUUAUUCAGACAAACACUAGGUAUAGGUUUACAGCUGUAAACAUUGUUGAAACAUCUCCAUGCACUUUUGAACGCCAGUAUACAUCAAGUCCACUAAAGUAGUGUAGUAAAUUUUGUAAGUGCAUUUACAUACACACAUUUAUUACAUGAGUUUGCUUAUGUGAUAAUGCUGAUUAUAAUAGGGCAGAGGGCAUUUACAUUACCAUGACCUGCUAUCACAGAACACAUUAAUAAGGUAACCUUAUUGUGUAUUCCGUGCCUGCUAUCUUUAAAUGUGCUUAUUAUUAUGUUCCCUUAAUAUGACCCCUGAUAGACUGUUCAAUUUAUUACUUAAAUACGAGAGAGUCUGGCUAUAAUGCUCAGCAAAAUGUAUGGUACUAACCUACUAACAUUCUAAUUUCCCGUCUGAUUAAGAACCUUUUGGGGUCGGACCCGUGAAACUGCGUUUUUUUUAUUGGAAUAAUAUAAAUAUAAGUACCCAUAGUAGAAGAGCCGGCCGCAAAUUUUCUAACGGACUUGAUACCACGAUGAAAUGCACAAUGGUUUCCCAUAAAAGUGAUGCUAAGACCGAAUUCGAUAGUCUGCCACGGCGGAACUUGCCGAAAGUACGAAAAAGAAGGCCACUUCCGGUGCGAAAAAAGGGGGCUGAUUUAACCCAUCUGAUACCGAAAUAAUAGUAAUGGCAGCAGUUAGAAAUUUACAUGUAGACACAGAAAAGCGA